UGCGAGUUGCGAAGCCUCGACAGCGCUAACGUGCGAAGAGGGACAACGUCGCAAAAUGUGUGUUCGUGUUUCCUCUCGGCUGAACAUCGACUGAAUUUGUCACUUUCUGUGUUGUUUUCUUCCCCUCCAGCGGGCGGACGGUAAUGUUGGCGUCAUGUAGGCUCCGCUUCUCAGACUUUGGAAAACAAACCGGGUAUUGUGGGUGAAUCCUCGGGAGAUGGCAGAAUAGUUCGACCUGCGCCACUUACCAAACCCUCCUGAAGCACUUUGAAGAAACAACCCGAGAGGUCUACAAUGACGGCUGGGGACGUGUUUCUUUUGGUUUUGAUCGUCAUGGUCCUUCCCUGUUCUAGCUCGGGAGGUGACACCAGUGUGAGGAACUCUGAAUGUCUGUGUGAUGGAGCGUCCUGCGACAGUGUGGACCGCUGUUUCGCCCAGCAGUGCUUCACCUCCCUCUCUAUACUGAAUGGGACGUCGGUUCUCCAGAGGGGCUGCGUUGUCGCCAAUGAGGAAGGGUCCUUGCGCUGCGGAAGCCCACCAACUCCUGAGCUGGUGGUAGAGUGCUGCUACGGGGAUUUAUGUAACAUGAACGUCUCCUUACAGUCACCCGUUACAGAUAUAGAACUGUCUGCUGGCAGACCAGUCCUCAGGGACCAGAACUGUGUGUGCGAGGGUGGUGUGUGUGAGCGUGACCGUCGCUGUACAGGCCAGCAGUGUUUCUCCUCUCUGAAGAUGAUUGAUGGCGUGGCCGUCCAACAGAAGGGCUGCCUGAGGGACGACGAGGAGGGUAGAGCCACCUGUGCCAUGCCACCCUCAUCGGCCCAUGUUGUCAAGUGCUGCCAGGGCCAUCUGUGUAACAUGAACGUCACUGUGCGAGCUCCAGGGAAAGAGGAGGAAGUGAAGCCCCUGAUCAAAGAGGAGCACGAGUGUGUGUGCGAGGGCAGCUCAUGUGUAACAGGGAGUCGCUGCAUGGGCCACCAGUGUUUCUCGUCUCUGACUGUCAGCGCCGGCUCGCUGGUGUACCAGAAGGGCUGCUUUAAAGUCUACGAGCAGAGCACGUUGACCUGCAAGACCCCACCUUCCAGAGACCAGAUUGUGGAGUGCUGCCAUGGGCACCUGUGUAACAUGAACAGCACUGUGGAGCUGCCUGUCAAAGCUGAUGAGCUAUCCAACUACAGCGUGACCACACUGGCUAUCGUCAUCGUGGCGCCCAUCAUCGCCCUCAUUGUCCUCUCUGCCAUCGCUAUCCUGGUGUUCAGACGCAUCCACCACAACCAGAUGGAGAGGCUAACAUCACGAGAUGCAGAAUACGGAACUAUCGAUGGCCUCAUAGCAUCCAAUGUGGGGGAGAGCACUCUGGCGGAUCUGCUGGAUCACUCCUGCACUUCAGGAAGUGGCUCAGGACUGCCUUUCCUUGUUCAGAGAACGGUCGCACGACAAAUCACACUCAAUGAGUGUGUGGGUAAAGGCCGUUACGGUGAAGUGUGGAGGGGUCAGUGGCAGGGAGAGAGCGUCGCAGUCAAAAUCUUCUCCUCCAGAGACGAGAAGUCCUGGUUCAGAGAGACUGAGAUCUACAACACAGUGCUGCUGAGACAUGAGAACAUCCUGGGCUUCAUAGCUUCGGACAUGACCUCGAGGAACUCCAGCACUCAGCUGUGGCUGAUCACUCACUUCCAUGAGAUGGGCUCCUUGUAUGACUACCUUCAACUGAGCACGCUGGAUGCAUCCAGCUGCCUCCGCAUGGCGCUCUCCAUCGCAAGUGGCCUGGCACAUCUCCACGUUGAGAUCUUCGGCACUCAGGGCAAACCAGCCAUCGCCCACCGAGACCUCAAGAGCAAAAAUAUAUUGGUUAAAAAGAACGGGCAGUGCUGCAUCGCUGACCUUGGUCUGGCGGUCAUGCACUUCCAAGACACCAACGAAUUGGAUGUGGGGAACAAUCCUAAGGUGGGCACGAAGCGCUACAUGGCCCCUGAAGUGCUCGACGACUCCAUCCAGAUGGACUGUUUUGAGUCCUACAAGAGAGUGGACAUCUGGGCCCUGGGCCUCGUCCUGUGGGAGAUCGCCAGGAGGACAGUGAGCAAUGGCAUCGUAGAAGACUACAAGCCACCUUUUCACGACGUGGUCCCAAGCGAUCCCAGUUUUGAGGAUAUGAAGAAGGUCGUGUGUGUGGACCAGCAGAGGCCCAACAUCCCAAACAGAUGGUUUUCAGACCCAACUUUAACCUCCAUGGCUAAACUCAUGAAGGAGUGCUGGUACCAGAAUCCCUCGGCCAGAUUAACAGCAUUACGCAUCAAAAAGACUCUCACAAAGAUCGACAACUCUCUGGACAAAAUCAAAACAGACAUUUGAGCCUGCUUCAAGAGGAAGAGGCAGACGUACUAAAGGCCUUUGAAGACAUCCAGAGGGUGGACCACCUUCGAGAAAUCAUAAAAGACAAGAGACUUGAUGGGUUCAGUGCCCUUAUAGUGGCACAGACCUAUAUUUAUUUUAAAACACUUGGCAGGACACAUUUUGGCAAUCCGAAGAUGGCUAACCGGGCAUUUUUGAGACUGCCAGUGGUCUUGGAAAUAGGAAAGUAUCUAUUCAACUUAUGAGAUAGGAGCUGGACUGUUUGCAGUGUUCUUCAAGGAAGAAACUGUUACCUGGGCAUUUGAGUAGGCUUGCUUUCGUUAAAACCGCAGAUUUUGUUUGACACAGUGUUUAGUUUGAAAAACGUCUGAACAUACUAGCAAUUUCACUUGACCUCUUCUAUUGUACUGCGUUCUUCAUUUGCAUUAUGGUGGAUUCUUUUGGAAAAGAAGUCAACUUGCCAAUUGAACUUGCCAAUUUAAUCUGCAUCUUUUCUUAAGCAGUGGUCACAGUAAGCAGUGUUAUGUUUUACUUUGUGUGUCAUGCACCUCUGUUUACAGUGCUGUCAGAACAGAUUUCUUGGGAUCUCAGCGAUCCUGUAACGUUCAGUUGUACGGCUGCGUCAGCGGCACCGUUCUUUUCCUGAGAUAUUGUCCAACUAAAGGUACUCUGUCGCAAACCUUUUGUAUAUCACCAUGAAUUUUACAUUCAAUCAUGUACUUGUUCUACAUUUUGUUUCUUCAGCUUUACAGAGACAAAUGCUAAAAGAACAAAUAAAAUAUCUGCUAGAUGAUGCUGAGCUCUCUUCCUCCAGAGGCCUGUAAGUAAGCCUGUAAAGCCUGUACACCGUCUUAGCGCGUGCAUUGUUGUCUUAAUGCGUGCAUUGUCAAGUAAAUGAAGUCAAACUUCAGCCUUUUUUAUUUCUUUAACAUUUUAUAUCAA